GAGAUCUCCUCCAACUCUGCUCCUCCUGCGUGAUGGAGGGACAGAAGACAGCAACACAUCGAUGUGGUUUAUGGGUCUGAUCGAAGUCCUCUGAUCUUCAGCUCCUCAGGGUUUCACAGAGCUCUCCGUGAGACAUGGUGCUACCUGAAGAUUCCUCCAUGAAGGUCCCCGAGCAGCGCGCCCCGCGGCCCCAGAGCCUGCCCUCCCCGGCCCUGUGCUGCGCCUGCGGCCUGUGCAUCAUGCUGGCCGGCAUCAACAUCACCCUGGUGGGAGCUUUCGCCUUCGGCACCUUCAUCCCUACCGGCAACCCCCCGAUCAUCAUCGGGCCUCUCCUCUUGUUGGUGGCCCUGGCCUUCUUCACGGCGUGUUGCGUGGUCAGCAGGAGGCCCCCGGCCCACGCGGCCCGCAGGCCCAACGGAGGCGAGAAGUGGGGCCUGAUGCGCAUGGGGACGGCGGCGUUCGAGAUGGAGACGAGCGACCACAUGCUGCAGGACACGACGGCCGUGCAGCUCAGCCCCACCAACUCCCCCACCUCCUCUCACAAGUCCAGCUGCAGCCGCGGGGGCGACUCCCCGCCGGCCGGCUGCCAGCACGGAGCCGGUGAGCUGCACAUGUCAGAGAUGUCUGACGUGGGUGCCACUGGCGAUAGCGACACCUUGACCUCUGACCUCCAGGUGAGCACUCCCACACAGGUGCUGCCCGCUCAGAACACUUCCUCCACGUAGCAUGGACUGGUUUGUUGUGUUGUCUACUGGAUGGAAACGUCCGGUGCCGUUGACAAGAAGGAGACUGUUGACUGAAAUGUGUUAAACCUCUCUGAUCGUAGCUUAUUCGCUGUGUUAUGUCGUUGAAUGCUUA